AAUAGUAGUGCAUUGACUAGCCGGUUCGGUGAGUCAAAAUUAAACUAUGCCAGUCUUAAUCUUAUCAGUUUGCACAAGUUCAACGGAUUUGCUUUUAACAAACUGCAAUCAUAACAAAACGGGUGAAGCCCUGUACGUAAAUGAUUCUCUAAAUUAUGGAGUGACCAACAGAUUGUUACUUUUUUUCUUUAAAUCCAGUUUCGUCUUCAUAAAUGAUUGAGCGGCUUUUAAUAGCAGCUGCAUUGGUAGCGGCUGCCAUUUAUUUACCUGCUGAUUAUGGCGAAAUUGUCUGCAAAGACCGACCGGUGCACAUUGCAGUAGUUCACAAAGAAUGUGUGCCCGCCGAGAAAGUCGCCAUGUGGUGCCCAAAUCCAGCAGUACCAAUACGACCACAAUCAGCGCAGUUUGCCAAGCAGUUUACGGCCAUGAAGUCUCCACGCAGUCGACCGAGUUCCAAUAUCCGAGAAUAUCUUAUUACCAUGAAAUAUGUCCACAAGAACGACCACUGUGAUUUGACUGCGGAUAUUGAAAAAGACGAAGAUUUGCUUGUCAACGGAGCGCUCAUUGAACUGAAGGAGGCUAACAAUGGAAAGUACUGCUGUUAUGACUUCCGAAACGAUCAGUACGGUAGCUGUUGGAAUAUCAUGGUUAGUACGGAAAGUUGCAGCGCUGAUACCACGCAAACCCCGACUUAUACUGCCGAUCAAACUGAUACGACCCAGAUCAAAGGAGUGGAGCUUUCUGAGUCGGCUCAGGCAACGGAGAACUCGGUUCCUGUGGAGAUUCUUGAUGACCUUAGUGCUGACAACAUUACACCUUUGGACAACCUGGACGAUAUGGAAGCGACCACUAAAGAGUGCGCAGCCAUAGGCUAUGAUAAACAUGUUGAACAUCUCGUAUUUGGAUGUAUUUUGUCGUUCACGGGAGGAUGCUGCAUAGUGGCGUUCGCUGCCUUCGUACACUCUGGAAGCCGUCAACACAAGCACCAAGCGAUUUUAAGGCCUCCGCCCAAAAACAUGCAAAGGCACUGUGUGUCAAAUAAUGAUUACGAAGACGCAAAGUCGAUAGUACAACAGGGCCAAGCACUUCUGGUCGAUAAAGAGAAGAUGACAUUUGAGAAGACAUUUGACAACUCGGCCGAUGACCAACAAUUGCUGCCAAAAGAGGAAGCUGUUAUAAUAUCGGUUGAACGGACUGCCCCAGGCUGUGACAUAACAAUAUCAUCUCUUGCAGAAACUGUACCAUUUUUCAGUGACAAAUUGGACGGGUCAUGCGCAUUGCAGUGAAUUGUAUGUCUUAAGUCAAUCAUUCAACACGCAGCUUUUAUUUUUCUGCUGUACUUGCUACAGUUGUGUGUAUUUUGGCUUGUUUUUAUCUUAUUGCUGAUGGGCGCACUUGCACUCGAAUCGUACUCCGUAUUUUUACUGGCUGCUGGGGUGCGCGGAUAAAAGCCAGAACUGAA